UCAGGGUUUAGGGCUUGGGCAUGGAGGACGAUUUGAACGGAGAUCCAUCUCCCGCGCCUCGGAAAUCUCCCGAGACGUUCCAAUCGCUGCACGACGGCCACAAUCCAUCCGGCGGGCACGAAGGAGCCGAGUCUUUCGAAUCGCUGCUGGACGGAUUUUGGGACAAGAAUCGAUCAACGCUCGAAGGCAUCGUGAGCGAUCCUCCGAUAUUCUACCAGAAGUAUCCCAAUGUGGACGUGGAAGUGGCGUCCUUUAGCACUCCGGCCAAGGCGGUGCCCAGCCUUCUCCAUCACAGGCUCGAGGAUUCGAGAAACGAUGGGACGCUGGCCACCGAGAUCGUUGCUCGACUCCGAGAGGCUGCUACAAAUCACUGCGUUUUCCUCGUCGGUGGAAAGGGGUGUGGAAAGACGAGAACUCUCUACGAAGUCCUGGCACAGAACUUUGGAUUCUACUUCGUGGCCUCGCGGGUAGAGAACGGUGAAUCCAAGGACUUCGCAGCGGUCGUAGAGACGCUCAAGCUUUGCUACCCGAGUCACAACAAGGCCACCGAGUUUAUCCCCCGACGAGUUGGCAUGGAUGUGGCACUGUGUGCUUUGGUGGCGAGGUUGGCCAUCUUUUCGAAGGUUCUGGAGAUCAAGCCGGGGAUCUCGCCGCUGGAGUGGUUGAUUUGCCAGACUGAGUGCCGGCCUCGAGACGUGUUCCGGGAGUUGACGCUGUUCGUGAUCAAGCAAGAGUUGCCGAGCGCGUACCUGGAAGAGAAGUUCUCGGCUCUCGUCCAAGAAGCUUACGAGAGGAUCGAUGGUGGUCUAGCAGGCAGCAGCGGGAAGCUGCUGUUUGUGGUGGACGAGGCACUGCUGUCGCUCAGGAACAGGUUUAGAUCCGACAUCCACCUGGCGAAGCUCAAGAGUUUGCUCUCGCAGGCCGUCAAGGCGUUUAGAACGCAGAAGAAGGUUCCAACAGCGUGCAUUCUAGCUGGAACGGGGGGAGAACUUCUCGCGGAGGCUCAGGAUAUGGAAUUGCCGGUUUGCAGAGGGGAGUCCGAGCAGCUCACGUAGGAAAUAGUCGCUACUAGCCAAACUUUUGAAGAUUCCAGCAGCUUUGGAGCCUUCUCGGACUAUGUGUCCAGCUUUUUGGGGCCCGGCAACUACAAAAGGCUGUUUUCCAAGUACUACCAGGCCCGUGCUGGCACAAUCGCUAGUGCUCUGCACGCAUACAUCAGCAAGUGUACCCCGAGAGAGAAGGCUUUGGAAUUUCUGGAGGGCUUCGCAUUAACACUUGCAACCAAAGGUGGCAGCCAGCUAAAUGCACCAAAUUCUGUCCAUGACACAUUGAUGAUCCUGCGCUUGGACCGUUACCUGCAGAGUGUCCUUAGAGACACUAUAGAGGCAUUCUACAUGGGUGGGAAAGGCUAUUGUUUCACGCACAACUCGUCAAUCAAGCUUGGGGACUUGGGGAUUGGCGUGUUAAAGCUGGGAUUUUGUGACUCCAAUCCUCUCAAGAUUGAUGGACCCAAGAUGGAUCCGAAAUAGAAUCUAAGAUGGACUUGAGAUGGAGUU